UUAUUUUGUUUGUGGUGUUCCUGAAUUACUCGAAUUCUUUGCAGUCAGAGUGACAGACCCAGAAAAAACUUAAACAAAUGCGGGUAGCAAAGCUUGGCGAUCUCACCAAUCCAAUCGAUCUCGUCUCUACAACUCCUGAUGUUCCUGAUCAUAUUCUAAAGCAUCGCACAUGUUGGCUGCAAGUGUUAGCAUAUUUGCGUUCUCGCAGAAUCAAGACAUCGAGGAAACAGAUAAAGAGUUUUCAAUUAAAUGCCCCUUGUUUUUUAGGUACAAUCCCUUGCCGGAAAAGAUCAAUGAGAAGUAUUAAAUGCAAGAAUGCGAACUUAAGUGUUAAGUGCAAGAAUGCAAUCUCUAAACAACAGAAUAGGAAACAGAACAAAUUAGACUCGGGAACAUUUGAGUGCUACUUCGAUAAUUUGUGGAGGAGCUUCUCAGAGGAUAAGAAGUCUUGCUUUACGUGUCUUGACUCUUUAUGGUUUAGUUUGUAUACUAAGGAAUCUAGCAAAGAAAAGGUUUUGAGAUGGAUUAAGAAGAAGAACAUUUUCUCAAAGAAAUAUGUUCUUGUUCCUAUUGUUUGCUGGAGUCACUGGAGCCUCUUGAUUUUCUGUAACUUUGGUGAGAGUUUGCAGUCAAAAACAAGAACUCCGUGCAUCUUGUUGUUGGAUUCACUUGAAAUGGCAAAUCCCAGGCGAAUUGAACCAGAUAUAAGAAGGUUUGUGUUGGACAUAUAUAGGGCAGAGAAUAGGCCUGAGACUAAGGAGGCAAUUUCUCGGAUUCCCCUUUUGGUGCCUAAGGUGCCUCAGCAGAGAAAUGGUGAAGAAUGUGGUAUAUUUGUUCUAUAUUACAUUAAUAUGUUUGUGAAGAGUGCUCCAGAGAAUUUUCUUAUCGAUGGCUAUCCUUACUUCAUGGAAGAAAACUGGUUCAGUCUAGAAGGCAUGGAACUUUUCUGCAAGAAGCUUAAUGCUUUAUAAAAAUUGUUUUUCCCAGUGUGUAGAUGCAAUGUAUUCUAUGAAACAUUAUCAUUUAGGCAUGAAACCAUAGCUAUUAUACUGACAAUUCCUCUAAUGAAAAUUGACUUAAAUUUAAGUUUCA